CAACCCUAACCCGAGUGAAUUCGACCCUAAGCCUUGUUGCAAAUCCACCACGCCCAUACCAACCCGCUCCAUCGCGAUCAAGAGUGUCGUCGCACCCGCACAAAACCAAGAGUAGCUCCAGUAAUGGCCAAGGUGUCGUCGGCGCGCCCGGCGUUGCGGCAAAGCGAAGACGAUGCACCCACAACAAGGGUGACGCGUUCCACGCGCUCCGAGAGUCGCGAGCCCGAUAAUGUUCCCCUUCGCCCUCGUUCUCGUCGUGGGACGGAUGAACAAAGUGAUGCUCCCGUACCCAAGAAACGGGCGGGCAGAAAGGCCAAGGCGGCGACGGGCUGAGGGAUUGCACUUCAUUCCUCACCACCUAUAUCAUUCAUGACGUGUGACCCGAUGCUGACUGCGUAUCUGCUAGAUCUAGAGCCUGUCAACGAGGAUGCAACCUUGGAAGCACAGCUUCAAGCAGGCAUCCAGGAGAUCGAUGAUGCCCGCGCUGCCGUCAUCGAGGCUGCCCGUGGCACUUCCGCCUUCUCACCCAACACCGUCAACACCACCUUCUCGCAAGAGGAGAUUGGAGGCCUAGACCCCGAUGUCAUGGCCGACCUCCUUCCCCGUCUCGCUGACGCCGCAAAUGACCUUUGCACCCAGCUGCUUCCCGCCGACCCCAACGCCCGCGCCGUCGUUCGCCAGGAGAUUCGCACCGAUGGCUCCAGGUACAACAAGAUAUACAACACUCGUCUCCGCACGUUUUCCGUCAACAAAGAGGGCUUCGGAAGCACCGAAUACAUCCAGCCCUCCAUCGUCCUGCGCGCUCUUCUCCGCGUUCAAAACAUGCAAGACGUCCCGGCUGGCUCGUGGCGCCCGGAUGCCAUCAUCCACAAGAUCAAUCUGGCCCCCAUGCUGCACACUGUUCUUGUUUUCAUCCCCAACAACGCCAAUGUCACCCCCGACCAACAACACGCCGUUUUGGGUCUGGACCAUGCCUUUGGCCCCGCUAUUGCUGGGCCUGGCUUCAAACAGCCCGCCUUUGACCUGUGUCUCCAGCUUCUCACCCAGCUGGCCCUCAUUCGCUUGGAUGCUUACAUCAAUUCGCCCGCGUUUGCCCCCCAACGACUGAUUGCGGAAACCUUCUACGAGUACAAUGAAAAGGGCGAGCCAAUCUUCCGGCACUACAAAGCCUUGGACAUGGGCGAGAUGGAUGACGACGAGCUUGAGGACUACAGCGUCGCCAUCACUACACUUGUUGAAGAUGACCUCGGCUCAGCUUUCGAUGUCCCUGGAAUUGAUGCUCUCACUGCGCUUGAAACCCUGCGGGAGAAAUACCCGUGGGAGGAAUUUGUCGAGGCUGUGGUGGAGUAUUAUGGUCACAGAAAGGCAGAGCUUGAUGCGCAAAUCGCAGCGGUGGGCGGUGUCGACCGAAUUGUCCUUGAGUUGGGAAGCGAGGUGGAACAGAGAGCAGCUGUCCGAGCGGCGGAGGCCAAACGUCAGACCCUCUCUCGACCUAACCGCACGCCGAAGAAGGGGUUCGGUGCAAGCGCCAUCCGAGCAUUGAAGGCGCGAGAGGCACGCCUGAGUGCAAACGCUGCACCAGUGGCGUCCACAGCACCUGUCGCCCCUGUCGCGCCCAUGCUCGGCUCCUCGGCUGGCUUCGCUGCGCAGCAUGCCGCCACGCAGAACGACGACACUUGGUUGCGGCCGGAGGAGGAUGACGUGGAGCCCGCUCAGCCUCAGCAGCCUCAGCAGCCUCAGCCGGCCGAGAGGGCGAGGUCGACUCUCAUGGCCCUGGAGAACAUGUCACAGCGCCAGAAAGGAGCCAAAGGCAAGGGCAGGUUCAUCGACCCGCAAGCCGGUGCAGUCCGCGUCUCCUUUGACGCCAGUCAAUCCCAGGCGGACCCGUCUCAUUCCCAAUACCCAGCAUCGUCCGUCCCGGAAACCGGCCCAUACUACCAACAAUCACAGUCUACUCCAGCGAAGCGAGCAUUCGCCAACAUAGACGAGGACGAGGAAGAGGAAGAAGAAUACGAGCCGACUCAGGACCAGGGAUUCGAAACCGACGCGCGGGAUGCCACCGCCGCAGACCAGAGGCGCAGACUGGCUCCACAGCAACGCGCCCCGGCACCAAGGGUCUCAGCCGCGAUCACCCUCGCUCCCCCGGGCCCUUCCAUGUCCAGCCCGUCGAGUACCUCCAAACGCCAACGCAAAAACCCGGGUAGUAUCAUCCCUCCCCUCGCCACGCCGUACGACCCCAACGAAGACCCCGAAAUCACGGAAAUGGAACAAUUGGAGCGCGCGAGAGUCGCCGCGCGCCACCACAGCGUCAUCUCGCGCUCGCAGAAGCCGCCUCAAGUCCGCACUCCGUGGACGGCGGCCGAGGAAAUGGCGCUCCAGUAUCUCAUCCGCGACUACGGCGAGACCAAGAUUGCGUACGCGGAGCUCAAGUCUCACGACUCGAAUCGGACGGGGGGGCCGCUGCUUGGGCGCCGCUCGGCGGAGGACAUGCGCUUCAAGGCGCGCAAUAUGAAGCAGAUGUAUUUGAAGGGCCGCCAGGCUCUCCCGCCCGGCUUCGACAAUAUCGUCCUGGACAAGAAGGCUAUCGACAAGCUGCACAGCAUGGGCAUCCCUUACGAGCAGGACCGCAUCCGUGGCGGGGCGGGGGUUGAUACGCAGUGAGAGGGUAGUGCUGGGUCGGUGACUUGUUGAAGGGCUUGCUCAGGUGGUUUUGGGAAGGAAAUUGAAGGGAAGGGAUACUGUUGCCCCAUGCACUAUACCCUUUCUUCUCAAUACUCGUUAUAAUCCACUUAUCCCCCUGCA